AUGUCCGUUGAUGCUAGUAAUAAGGACGUCUCUUUUGCAGCAGGCAUAGCCGCAGUAGGAGUUGAACUGCUCACUCACCCACUCGACACGCUCAUUACUAGACUACAAUCACCAGCCUACGCGACGACAUAUCAGCGUGUAAAUGGCGGCACCAACCCAGCUCUCUACCGAGGGCUAUAUCAAGGCUUCGGCCCAACGAUUAUCACCAGUAUCCCCGCAUCAGUCGCCUUCUUCACCAUCUACGAAACCAUGAAAACAACGCUUCAACCUGACGAAGGAACUCAAUCAUCAAAAACCCGCGAGCUAGCCACGUACGCAAUUAGCAGUGCAGUAGCAGAUCUGGUCGCAUGCGCCAUCACUAACCCCGCCGAGGUGCUGAAGCAGAAUGCUCAAGUCGUGCAUUCUCAAUCCGGGCAUAGUCGCUCGCCACUGUUAUCAACCCUCAAGCACUUCUCCAGGCAUCCGACUAAGCUCUGGGCAGGGUAUACCAUGCUAGCUGCUAGCCAUCUCCCCGGGACAAGUCUGACGUUCUUGAUGUAUGAGUCUCUCAAGACCUCGUGGUUCGAGGUACCGCAGAAUUCCGGUGAAAUCAGUGCUCAUUUCAAGGGGAGCUUUCAUAGUGGUGCACUAGCUAGCGCCGUGGUUUCUUUGCUAUUUGUACCGGUUGAUGUAGUGAAGACGCGAAUGAGGCUUGCGGCGGGUACUCAUUCCUAUGCUCGACUGCCCUUGAAGGCGGAUAUUCGGCCUAUACCUCCAUCAGUGGCGUCAGAGAGGGUAUCCUCAGCUAAUGCUGUGGCUGUCGCGAGGGGCAUAUUAGUCAAGGAGGGGAUACGGGGUCUUUUUAGAGGCGGGGCCUUGACGUGCCUCGCGGCUGGGCUAGGAGGUGGUCUAUUUCUGGGGUGUUAUGAUGGUCUCAAGGUGUAUUUUGGAGGUCAGAUAUAG